AGAGAGCUUCUUUUGUAUGUUGCCUUUCGCCGAACGGAACGGUCGUGCGUGCUAGCGUGACAGGCUGUGCUGGUGCGUUUGUGUGACGCUGCUGCUUCUUCUACUAACACUGGCUCUGGGUUUCACCAAAGAAGGCGUCGAGCGAGGUUGCCUACACGUUAGGCAGUGUGUGAGUGUUUAUGUAUCUAUGUGUGUGUGGCGACAGUGCUAAACAGUGAAACAAUGCAUCAUCCACGAGUGUCGUCACGGUUCAGUCGCUUCCAUAUGGCAGCAGCAUCCUCCGACAGUAGCGAAAUCAUCCACACCUCGACCAGCAGUUCCCAAAGUAGGCGCAGCAGCGGCAGCAGCGACAGUAACAGUAAAAGCAGUUACCAAAAGUGCAAUCGUCCGCUGCCGACGAGGAUGAUGACGCUGUGGUGGUCGGUGAUGGUUUGGGCCGCCCUGGCAGUUGCGGUCUGCGGGCUUCCCGAGGGUGGCGGAAACUAUCCGGUCGGCAAGUUCCCGUUCCUGAUGCCGAAGGUCGUCCCGUACAAGCCCGAACUCUACCUCUGCACACCGGUGAAGGUGGACUACACCAAGAGCUACUAUAUCGUGGGCUUCGAACCGAACGCCACCAUGGCCACCGCGCACCAUAUGCUGCUGUACGGCUGCGGUCAACCCGGUUCCGAAUCGGCUGUAUGGAACUGCGGUGAGAUGGCGGGCGGUAGCGAGGAAAGCGGCAGUCCCUGUGGAAGUGGUGCACCGUCGCAAAUUAUCUACGCGUGGGCCCGUGACGCACCGAAGCUGGAGCUGCCGGAAGGCGUCGGUUUUAAGGUCGGCAAGGACUCGCCGAUCCAGUACAUUGUGCUGCAGGUCCACUAUGCCCAUAUCGAUAAGUUCAAAGAUGGAACCACGUACGAUGACUCGGGCAUAUUCAUCCACUACACCACGAAACCACUGUCGAAGCAGGCCGGUGUCAUCCUGCUCGGCACGGCCGGCUACAUCCCACCGAUGGCAACCGAACACAUGGACACGCUGUGCGACAUCCAGGAGGACAAGGUGAUCCAUCCGUUCGCCUACCGUACGCACACGCACAGCUUGGGCCGAAUGGUUUCCGGCUACCGGAUUCGAAAGGACGACGCCGGCACCGACCAGUGGACGCUGCUCGGCAAACGUGACCCACUGACGCCACAGAUGUUCUAUCCGGUCGAGAGCCGGGAUCCGAUUCGCAAGAACGAUCGACUCGCUGCCCGCUGCACCAUGGAGAGCAAUCGGACGCGCAUCACGAAAAUUGGUGCCACCAACGAGGAUGAAAUGUGCAACUUCUAUCUGAUGUACUACGUGGAGAACGACGAACCGCUGCAGAUGAAGUACUGUUUCAGCAACGGCCCGCCACUGUUCCGCUGGAGUAAUCGUGAAACGGAAUUAAAUCACAUCCCCGAUUACGAUUCGAGCCAUCUGUAAGGCGUGCGUGCCAGGGCUAGGGCAUGGACGUUAACAGUGACCACAAGCACACACACAUGGAAGCUGCCGUUGGCUCGGUACUUGGAAUGAGAAGACAAUGCGGAUGGUAUUCCCAGUACUGGGAUGCUCGGUCCAUUUUAUUAGGUGGUCUUGCUGCUGCUGCUGCUGCUGCUGCUGCUGCUGCUGAUGUGCUGAAACUCAACAUUCAACAUUCUCUCUGAUUCACUUUCCCCCACUUCUCUCUUUCCUUAUGUCUCUACAUUCCCUCCGAGACACACACACGUACACAGACGCAUAUUGUACAGUCGAAUUGGCUGACCGGGUCCUAACUAACCAGUGCGAGGAGAGCUAUAUUUUCGAGGAAAAUGCUAAACUUCAAAGUACGAAUUUUCAUAUCACACAAUUUUAACCAAACGGACGGACGGAUGGACGGAUGGACGCACGCACGCACGUGGUUUGCGAAAAGAGCACGCAUAAAAACGCAUUUAUCCUAUAUAUAUAUACACACAUUAUCGAGCCAACUCCAUCGCUCUAUCUCCCUUCUGCUGCAGCAAGAGAGUGGUGUGAGAUGAACGAUGCUAAUAUUCCCAAUUUUAACAAGCGAAUGCAAGGAUAGAAGGGACAAGCGACACUAGGAACAGGGAAUGCUUUCAUGCUAGUCAUAUGGGAAUUUGGUUUCACGUACAUCACGCUUUCCUUUGAGCACGCUUGUUGUUCAGUUCACUUUUUUUGGGGCAAUGUUACUGCAUAGAGCCGGGAGCGGGAUGAUAAAGAGACUUUAAUGUAUGCAAUCGAUGGUACAAGAAUGAUGCAGAACGGAACGGUUACUUAAAGGGCGAGGUGCGGGGUAUAUUUUACAAUCAAUCUAUUAUACACAAACAAUAGAAAGUUGUUAAAUUUUACGCAUGAAUGUUGCUAGUUACUGAUGUGUGUGUGUGUCCCCAAACUUGCCUGAAAGGGGAUCGCUUGGGGAUCGCAUACAGAGUGAAUGUUAUUGAUGGGAUUUAUUUAAAAAAAGGGAUGUGAUUAGAAUGACCAGAGCAGUGGUGUGCUAGAGAAAGAGAGAGGGAGAGAGAGAGAACAUAAUCUGAAUUGAUCCUAUCCGGACAAAUGCAAAGCAAAAUGUCCUUUAUGAAUUAUUUAUGCGUGUUGUUAGUAGGUUAAGAGCUAGACACAGGUAGACUCAGACUUCUUAUCCCCUCUUUCGACUAACGAUUUCAUUUGCCAACACAAGGAACAAUCACAUGGAAAGAAGGUGGUACAUUCCUUUACGAUUUUCAUGCAUUUACUAUCAAGCCAUAGUCAACAAACAAUUUCUCACAAAAAAGCUUUAUGACUCUCCAAUCUUAUGAUCCGAUCCGAUGAAAAGCUGGCAGACCAUUUUGUAUCCUCCUUAUCCGCAAACGUACCACACACAUACAUACAUACACAAAUGAAAGACAGACUCUUCUGUAGUGUUGUUCGUUUUGUAGAUAAUUGUAACAUUAUAUAAAGCAAAAACAAUGUGUAAGGACUAUAAGCAAAGUAGCUCCCCCCCGGCCCACGUGAGAAAAGCGGCAUCGUCCCUCCCCAUAUAUAGCCGUCUUUAAAACAAAAAACAGCUAUCCUCAAGUAAGAUAAAAUAAUAUCUGUGGUAGAGAGAAUGAACACAUGAAUGGCAAAAAGGCGAAGAUGGUGACUUUCUGUGCCCCGGUGUAGAUCCGUACUGCUGUUUGUUGCCAUCCUCUCAGGCAUCAUAAGGCAGGCAACCAGACGCAAAUCAUGAAACAUAAAGACUUUUCUUAGAAACUCGAACUUUCGAGCACACGAUCAUCAUUCAAACACGAUCGCGGUUUUGGGAGGGCAAGUAGAGAGCGCGAAACGCGUCAAACGAACGUGGGUGUUUGUUUUGAGCAUAUUAUAUGAUAAUACAAAGCAAAUGAGACAGGAACCACCUAGGGAGAGAGAGAGUGCGGGAAGCAUGUGUGUGUGUGCAGUGAAAUUAUGUAUAGGGUAAAAUAUCUGUAUCAAACAACAAACAAAAAACCACACGAAGAUCAGGAAAUUUGGAGGGAAACAUAUAGAACAUGAUAGUGAGAAAUGCAUAUACACACCUGCACCGAUAACACACAAUUGCGUAGACAGAAAGGACAUAUUAUAUAUAUACACCCUUCCCUCCCCUCCAACCACUAAACAAGGUACCAUAUAUACAUAUACACACACACAGCAUACACACUAUAAAUUAUAUAAAAUUAUAUACAUUCGUCGUGUCGGAAGAAAGUACCAUUUUAUUCAAAGUACCAGCAAAUGGUGUGGGGUCGACGAAGACGACAGUGGAAUCGUGCAAAAACUAGGGACUUGUAACUUGGCUGCUUUUAAGAAGAAACAAACAACCUCUCCCUUAAGAAAAGACUUUGAAAGAUUAGUGCAUUUAAUACAUUUUUUGUGUAUGAUUUCUGUGUUCCUAAUCCUCCCCUUUAUUUUCUCCAGCUUGCAACUGGAAUGAUUAGUUCAGUUGAAUUCCAUUCUUUUACAGACAAAAUGUGGUACACACGUGGGAUUUGUAUGCAAACAAAAGAGUAGAGGUUUGCUAUCAAUAAUAAAAUAAUUAUCAUCUUGAGGCGGCACCACCUGUGUGUGUGGAGCCAGGCAGGGUCCUGUACAGUGCAGUAAUCUCUAACGUAUGUAAAUCCUUUAUUAAAACAGCAUUGCACAAUAAACAGGAAGAGAUACAUAUAUUAUUCAUAUUCAUAGAAAUCA